AAAAGAAAAGAAAAAAGAAAAGAAAAAGGGCAUAGUGUCCAGGAAUAAGGAAAUGACAGCCUUGUACUCUCUACCCUGGUCAGACCAUAUUGUGUUCCAUAUUUAAUAGAUGAGGCUUGUAAACUGUUGGUAAUCCAGAGGAAUACCAGGGUGGUGACUGGUCUCCAGUUCAUGUCACAAAGAUAGGUUGAGGGAACUAGAGAUGUCUAUUCUGGAGAAAGAAAGACGCAGGGUGGGGAAAGAUGAAGGGGACACGUGAGAGCUGUCCUCAAGUGUUGGGAGGGACCUCGGUAAAGGAGGGACUUGUCCCAGACGACAGCUAGAACCAGGAGCAGUAGAGAGCAGUUGGAAGCCAAUUCAGGCUUGAUUUCAGGGAGGCCCUUUCUAACCCAUAGAGAGGAGGGAGCAGGGGCCUCCUCAAAUCUUCAGACAAAGGCCGGACUACCCCUCUCUCAAGCACACUGCAGGAGAGUGCAUUUUCCAGGUGCAGACUGUGAUAGGGGGGCCUCCGAGGUUGGUCCAGCUGAGAUUCUGUGAUUCUAUGAAAAAACAACCACCCCAACAUCCGCCGAAAGGGGCUUUCCCUUGUGAAGGAGGAAGGGUUUUUGGCGACCUGAGCUCUCAGUGCAGGCAGAGGCCGUGGAACAGAGGGAGGCAGGAAGAUGACUGGUUGGCACAGGUACCUGUGGAGGCUCGUGACGCUCCUCUGCCUCCUCGCUGCCCAGCUGCGCCUCGCCUCUCUGCACCAGUGUGGCAAGAACUCCUACAGCUCAGCUGGUCAGUGCUGCCAGUACUGUAAGCCUGGCUUUGAGAUGGUAAGUCGCUGUACCGACAGAGAGGACACCCGGUGCAAACCCUGUGCCAAGAGGCUCUUCAAGGAAGGAUUCAGCUAUGACUUCUGCCAGCCCUGCACCCAGUGCCAUGUCGGGAGCGGGAGCCAGGUCCUCAAGAAUUGCACAGCGUCCAGUGACACCGUGUGUCAAUGCACCCCAGGGACCCAGCCCGUUGAAACCUUCAAGUGGGGAGUGGAAUGCUCCCGUUGUCCCCCGGGACACUUUUCCCUGGGAGAAAACAGCAUGUGUAAACCAUGGACCAACUGCACGGCCAUAGGCAAACGGACCCUGCGAGCCGGUAGUCCUCAGGCCGAUGCUGACUGUGAGGAUGCCAGGACUCCGGGGCCCCCCCGAAGCCCUCCAACAUCUGCCCGGACCACGACCACCAGCUCCUCCUCCUCCACAGCGCACUUGAGGGUCACCACACAGAGCGUAGGAGUGCUGAGCACCUUCCAGUCCCUCCCUGACAAGCCCUGGUCUCCAUUCUCUGUCAUCUUCCUGGUGCUACUUCUGCUCUUGGUGUUUGGCGUGGUUAUGUUGGUACUCGGGAUCUCCUUGUCCAAGAGGGACAAGAGGCAGCUGCCUGCAAUUUGGAAGCCCCCAGGCACACACAGUUUCCGGAUGCCCAUCCAAGAGGAACACCAGUCCAGCCUAGCCAAGGUCUGAGGCCGUGGAGACCACAGACAGUGGCCAUCCUUCCCUCCCUCCCUCCCUUCCUCUCCCCAGGUUGACUGGACUUGCUGUCGGAAGACUAGGGGCCUCAGGGAGCUCUCUCCGUCCAGCUUUUUCUCCUACCCUACCCCCAGGUCCAAGCUACUCUUCUAGCAGCCCAGACUCCUAGAUCCCAUGGGGGUUGUUAAGGUUUCCUCUGUACCUCUUUCUGAAGGCAACCGCUGGGGUUUGUUGUGUCUAGAAGCUCACCUGAGUUCUAGGGGGCUUGCAUUUCACAGUAACUAUACAGGCUUAGCCAGUACAAACCCUCAGAAUCUGAGAGUUGGAAGGAACUUCCAGGACCGUCUUGUCUAAUCCACACCCAGAGAAGUCCCCACUCUAACACGCCCAAUGAGUGGUCAUCUGGCCUGUGCUUGAAAGCCAGACCUAGCUCUCAUUGGUCAGUGGUUCUUCCCCCAGUGGAAGGAGCACAGGUCUGGCUGUCAGAGGUCCUGGCUGUCCCACUUAGACUGUGUGGUCUUAGGUGAGUCCCUUGGGCUUUCUAGGCCUCAGCUUCCUCUUUUCCAAAAUGACCUCGAAGGUGCCUUCCAGCUCUGUCCUUUUAAUGAGUGUUUAACCAUUUUACAAAAACACAGACAUGGGUCUUCUCACGCAGAAAGAUUCUCAGGGACAGAUGACGCAGGGCCUAAAGAAGGGCAGGUGGCCAGAGAUCCUCCUGACCCCUUUCAUCUUUCCACACCUUUAGUUCUGUCACUGAAAUGAGCCCCAAGGCCAGCAUCCCCUGCUUCUGUCCAAAUUCCGUGGCCCCAUCCCCUCUGCUGACCUGGCAGCAGUGCUAGCUCAGGAUGGGUUUCUGCCUCCUGUCCUCUUCCUCUGUCUUCUGUUGCCGUGUUCCCAAAGUCUGGGGCUAAGCCCUGCUGCUGAUUCCCAUUCCCACAUUCACACUCUUGGUCCUCGCCUCCUCCCCUUCAAAAAAAUUGAGAAAUUCCUGGUCAUUGUUCUUUGAGCAUUGUUCCACUCUCCAGACAUAGCACCCACCUCCUUCCCUUGGACCUGCCCCCAUAUCGAGUCUCUAACACUCUGUCUGCCGUCGUUCCCCACUGUGGCUGGUCGCUCUCCAGCUGUCCCUCCCCCUUCCCCAUUUCUGGACAUAACCCCCCCACUCUCUAUGAUAGCAGAGUGCUGAGCUGCUGGGGGUGGGGUAGGGAGACCAAAUAGUGCAGUUUUGUCUUCCCUGAAUAUUCACCCCUAUGGGGUGUCCUGGCCUGUGGCCGGAGCCUUGUGGGGGGCCUCUGGGCCCCUUUCCAGGGAGCUGAGCUUACCCCUCUGUGGCUGAGCCAUGAAAGCUGGGGGGCAGCCGUCAUGUAGCAGUGCUGACUCUGGAGUCGGAGGCUCUGUAUGCGGUUUAUUGUAUAAACUCUUGGGCUGGUAAGGCAGCCUGGAAACUGAGGAGGGCCUGGGGGCUGUUUGGCCAGCUUGGGCGGGGGAGAAAUGGAGGGGGAGAGAGAGAGAGAGAGAGAGAGAGACAGAGAGAGAGAGAGAGAGACAGACAGACA